UCUUUGCAGAAAUCCAAAAACUUCGAUAACCUUACUUUGGUGAUUGGCAAUGAAAGUUGUGAUUUGGAUUCUGCCGUAAGUUCCCUAGUUUAUGCGACAUUUCUACACUGGCAACACCAAAUUAUGAAAUGCAAAGUUUGCACCAGAAAUAAAAGGGAUAACGCCACUUAUAAAGAUGAUUUAUUUUUGCCAGUUCUCGACGUGCCCCGCAAUGAUUACAAUUUGAAAACGGAAGUUGUAUUUAGCUUCAAAGAAUUCGGGAUAAGCGAAUCAAAUUUGCUGUUUAUGAACAGAAAGUUUGAGCGAUUGAUAGCUUCCAGGAGUGACAUAUCUUCACUCACACCUGAUCAGAUCCUGCGAAAAGAUUUGAAAAUUAUUGGAAACAUUAUGGUCCCGGCCUUUCCCAUCUUAGUUCAGGUUGGUUACGACGGUCGUUCAAAGAAAAAUUUAAAGAAAUAAAUAUUAUGACUGUUCAUUGUCAGUAGAUUUAUGAAAAUUUAAUAUACUUCUCAAAAAUCGUCACCUUUUUUAACCGACUUCAAAAACGAGGAGGUUCUCAAUUGAGAACGAAGAAGUUCAUCGAAUUGAGAACCUCCGGUAUUUUUUUAUGUAUG